AUGCUUGUCAAUGAAAGCCAGAAAAUGGAGAACGUACAACAAAUGAUAAACGACAAAGGGAUCAUGAAGAUUGAGAUUCAUGGCGAUGGCAGUUCCGCACCAGAAGUGGGAUCUGGUGGGCUAUCCCGUCAGACGAGCAUCACCAAGAACAACUGCCUUUGCUCACCAACCACUCACCCUGGUUCUUUUCGGUGUAGGAUUCACCGGUCUCUUUCGCUACAACGUACCAAGAGUAUUGAGGCUGCAGCUCUACAGGAUCAUUCCCUUAAGCCAUCGGAUUCCCCUAGAGCCGCUAAAUAG